AUGACAACCGCGGCCACAAUCACCAACUCGUUACACCCGCUGCGCCUGUUUACAGCACCCGGUGACCACAACCACCACAACCACAGCAGCGGCACGCCGGGGCUGACGUCAACAGCGACAUCGACGGCCAGCUCAACUCACCAGCGCAACAGCACAGAUAGCGAUGAUUCAGGCACCACCGGCCACUCCCCAGCGGCCCUGUGGCCAGCCGCCGUCGAUGCUCUAGCCCUGCGUCUCUGGGAAUGUGGGCGGUCAGCACUAGGCAAGUCCAUCGCAGAGUCUGCCCUCAGCCAAGAGCAGCCGCCGCCAACGCCGGCCAUGCCCGGUGACCCCGCUGCCACCCCGGCUCUGUGCGAUGGCCCCUAUGUGCGGGUUGACUAUGUGCCUCCUGAUGCCAAGAAAUCAAGCCCUCGCCCCCAACACAUGCAGCCGCCGAUUUCAAACCCGUUCAAGACAUUGCUCAGAACCCCACCCAGCAGCAGUAGCAGCACCGCGGCUACUGCGCUUUCCAGCAGUUCUUCCGGUGAUGCAACGAGUGCUGAUGUGUGUAACCAUUGCCGGCAGGGCAAUUUCCUCGAGUUCUGCUUCUCCCGCGACCACUGCCAAUGUGCGUGCCAUGAGGACUGCCCGUGCAACCCGUGCGCCGAUAUCCGGCAGCAAAGGCACCGCAGCGUAUCGACAGACAACACAGCGCAGCCUACACCGGCGAGGGUCCAGAGCAAGGAGUCGUUGGACCCGGCGUUUCGGCCGUUCGGGGAUGUCGCCGCAGUCAAGCCCGUGAUGCUCCACACCGGCCGAAAGCGGCACCAGCGCGACUACGAGAACGCCCGCAUGCGUGUCUCGAAGAUUUGGGCCGACGAGAAGCGCCGCCUAUGCUCCAUGCCGACAUCGUAA